UAAAGAUCCCAAUAAGCUCCAAGCUGCGGAGCUUAAACCCCCAAAACCCAAGAAAAACCCUUGGUUUUUGGACGGAGGAAGCUGGGAUCAGAAAAUGGAAGGUCCUAUUCUCCUUCGUUCUCUCUUGUCCUCAACCUCUAGGAAAUCCCUUUCCUCUCACUUGGCCCCACUCCCCCGCCUCUACCGCCGCUUCUCCUCCGGCCCUGCCGCCGCCGCCGCCUCAACAGACCCGAGUGCAUAUUUGGAUCCUGGUAGACUUCGGAACGUGGCAGUGAUUGCACACGUCGACCACGGGAAAACCACGCUCAUGGACCGAUUCCUGAGGCAGUGUGGAGCAGACAUCCCCCACGAGCGAGCCAUGGACUCCAUCAGCCUCGAGCGUGAGCGUGGUAUUACCAUUGCGUCCAAGGUCACUAGUAUUUCAUGGAAAGAAAACGAGUUAAACAUGGUUGAUACACCUGGACAUGCUGAUUUUGGUGGUGAGGUUGAACGUGUUGUUGGCAUGGUUGAAGGAGCAGUAUUAGUUGUUGAUGCUGGUGAGGGGCCACUUGCACAAACAAAAUUUGUUCUUGCCAAAGCCUUGAAGUAUGGGCUGCGCCCUCUUCUUCUAUUGAACAAAGUAGAUCGACCUUCUGUAUCAGAGGAGAGAUGCAAUGAAGUUGAUAGUCUAGUAUUCGAUCUUUUUGCAAAUCUCGGUGCUACAGAGGAACAGCUUGACUUUCCAGUCCUCUAUGCUUCUGCUAAAGAAGGUUGGGCAUCUUCAACUUAUACUAAAGAUCCUCCUGCUGGUGCAAAGAAUAUGUCACAGUUGCUUGAUGCCAUUGUAAGGCAUGUUCCUCCACCAAAAGCAAACCUUGAUGGACCUUUCCAAAUGCUGGUUUCCAUGAUGGAAAAAGACUUUUAUCUUGGGCGAAUUUUGACUGGGCGUGUCUCAUCUGGAAUAGUUCGUGUUGGUGAUAAAAUACAUGGUUUGCGAAGCAAUGGGUCUGGAAUUGAGAAAAUUGAAAAAGGAAAGGUUUGUCUCUCUAUGUAG